AUGGAGGGUUCUACAGAGCAACAGUCUCGCUGGAUGUCUCCUCCAGCCUUGCUCCCUCCUGAAGCCAUGUCCAGCGUUACUACAGAGAUCACCUCUCUAGACUCUGUCCAGUACCACAGGGCUAAUGCCAGUCCAGACUCGCUCCAGUACCACAGGGCUAAGACUAGUCCAGACUCUGUCCAGUACCACUGGGCUAAUGCCAGUCCAGACUCUGUCCAGUACCACUGGGCUAAGACUAGUCCAGACUCGCUACAGUACCACUGGGCUAAUGCCAGUCCAGACUCGCUCCAGUACCACUGGGCUAAUGCCAGUCCAGACUCGCUCCAGUACCACUGGGCUAAUGCCAGUCCAGACUCGCUACAGUACCACUGGGCUAAUGCCAGUCCAGACUCUGUCCAGUACCACUGGGCCAAUGCCAGUCUAGCCACAGACUCCCUGCACCAGCCGUACCACUCAGCUGAGUCUGACUUGGCCAGCCUGUCUUCCUGCAUCUCCAGCAGCAGCCGUAGUCGGUCUGCACCAUCGUACGGACACAGCCCAGUUCACCAGGUGUACUCUUCAACCUCCCACGUUAACGGUAGUAUCCAGUGGUUGGAGCAGGAGGAUUCUGGAGGCCAGUCUCUCAGCUGUUCCUCUUCCUCCUGGUACAACAGCCCUUUCUCCACCACCACCACCUCCUUCUCCUCCACAACCCCAAUCUCCUCUCUGACCAACCCCAGGGCCGAGCACUACUCCCCAGGGCACGGCUGUCAGGAAGUCCCGAGGCUUCAUGAGGCCUUGAAGGAGGAGAGGCUGAGUCCCAGUGAGGACGGAGGUAGCAGUAGUUUCCUGAGCCUGAACCCUACACCAGGGGAUGGGUACCCGCACUCUGCCCAGGCCUACGGUCACCCCUUGGGCUUCUACAGCAACUCCUGGGUGUCAGGUCAGGACUACAGCUCUGCCUCUCUCUGCUUCUCCCCUGAGGCUGGCAUGUAUCCCUCCUACUGCUACUCCCCCAAACUACGAAACAAAAUCAACCUCUCUCCGCCAGAUGCCCGUGAGUGUGUGAACUGUGGUGCGACCUCCACCCCUCUGUGGCGUCGUGACGGGACAGGACACUACCUCUGUAACGCCUGUGACCUCAACCACAAGAUGAACAACCAGAACAGACCUCUCACCAGACCCAAGAAGAGGCUGAUGGUCAGUAAGCGUGCAGGGACCCAUUGCUCCAACUGUCAGACUAGCACCACCACGCUGUGGAGACGUAAUGCCAGUGGAAAGACAGUCUGUAAUGCGUGUGGCCUCUACUACAAACUACGCAACAUCAACAGACCUCUGACCAUGAAGAAAGAGGGUAUUCAGACACGGAACCGUAAGGCCUCCUGUUUAAACAACAAGGCUGAGCAGAAGACAGGUGUGUUAGAGGCUGAGCUGGGUCUCUACUCUGACCUCUCCCUGUCCUGA